AUGGAGAUUAUCACGGCUUUUCUUGCUCUUUCUUUAACUGUGCAAAGCUCCACAGGCUCCAUUCUCCAAAAUUCACCAGCAAAUAUUCUAGCACUCAAAUGGCCGUCUGCAAACCUUGCCAUUCGGACUAGCUCCAUUGCAAAAUCCAACAUCGAUAACAGGUUUCCAGCUGCCAAUUUAGAGACCCUGGGUGAUCUAGAUCUAUCUAGAAGAAGUGACAUUAACCGUCUGGAGUCCAUAGGUGCCCAGCUAAUUAGGGAUCUAGGCAUGAAUAUGAAUUCUUCCAUUGCUUCUCCAGUUCCAUCGACAGCCAUGGCUUCACAGGCUUAUAAGACUGUAACCGGAACCUAUGCUUUGCAAACCAUAAGUUUGUACUCUGGGCUACGACAGAAGAUCACUACUACUAUUACCGCUACUAGGACAGGUGCCCAAUAUUUGACUAGUGUUGAAACUGGCGUUGCUGUUAUUAUUGCAGGCGGAGUGACGUGGUCCCUCGCAUGUUUCGUUGGUGAUGCCGCGACUGCGGCAAAAGUCCUCGAAGCCCUAAAAGAUGCGGACAAACAUCCAGAUGACUCCUCAUGCCCCAAUCCGAAGGAUAAGCGUACUGAUUGCGGCGGUGUUGGAAGUAUUUGUGAGACUGGGAGUUCAACUGGCUGCACAUGUGACGAAGAGAAGGCAGCAUGCCCCGAGGGAGAUGCCAAGCCCAAUGUUCAGAUGCCAACUGCGUGCCAGAUAGUACCAAUAAAUGACCCAGCAAAUAACAAUCAAUACAAAGACUGUUUUUGUAUGGAAGAUCUAGAUGUACUCAUCCAACCGUAUGUUGCAUUCGAGGAUGAAGCCGAAUGGGAGAACUAUGCUCAGGCAUGGGCAUCACUUCCUAAACUCACCCCCGCUAGCUACUAUCAUCCCAAAACUUCAGAUGCUGCUUGCCCACCUGCAGACUAG